CCUGGUUCCCUUUCUCUCCGCCCUGAAUGAAUGAAAAUCUAAUUUAUCAAAGUUUUCUCGCAUGGUUCACCACUUCACCUCUUGCUCUCAUAGUCUUACUGACCCAUCCUUCCAUCCCUACAAGCUCUACAGGAAACGACAAUGCGCCAUCGCUGACCUUAUCAGAGCUCCUUCCCACCCUACACAUGAUAUCAACAUUGAACUUCACAGGCUUACAGCCCUUGUUGGUUCAAUCUUCUUCACGCCACUUUAAGCUUUCGCCUCUUUCUACUGUAGAAGCUUACCGGAGCCAUGGCUCCUCCCCUCUUUAACCUUGCUCCCGGUCUACAAGUGUCCAGGCUUUGUUUGGGUACCAUGACUUUUGGAGAACAGAACUCACUUCCACAGUCUUACCGCCUUCUCGACGAGGCUUUGGAAGCCGGUAUCAACUUCUUUGACAGCGCUGAGAUGUAUCCGGUGCCUCAGCGCAGAGAAACACAAGGACGGAGCGAGGAGUACCUGGGCCUUUGGGUGAGGCAGCGGAGGGUUCCGCGAAAUCGCGUAGUCUUGGCCACUAAGGUUGCCGGGCCUUCUGGUCAGAUGACUUGGAUUCGAGGGGGGCCCAAGUCUCUGGAUGCUGGCAACAUCUUAGCAGCCAUUGACAGCAGCUUGUCGAGGAUGCAGACUGACUACAUUGAUCUCUAUCAGAUACAUUGGCCUGACCGUUAUGUUCCCAUGUUUGGUGAAACGGAAUAUAGUCCAAACUAUCAGUACAACUCUGUUCCGAUAGAGGAACAGUUUGAUGCACUUGGUGAAGCUAUUUCUGCAGGUAAGAUAAGAUACAUAGGUUUAAGUAAUGAAACUGCAUAUGGGGUGAUGAAGUUCCUUCAAAUUGCUAAAGAUGCUAACUUGAACCAUAAGAUAGUGUCCUUACAGAACUCCUACAACUUACUCUGUCGAAAUUUUGACUCAGGAUUAGCUGAAUGCUGCCAUCAUGAAAGGAAAAUUCGGUAUUCCUGGUGUCUCUUCACCACGAAGGGAGGUUGGAUUAGCUUGUUGGCCUACAGUCCAAUGGCUAUGGGAAUACUCUCAGGAAAAUAUUUUUCUACUGAUGCUGGCCCAAAUGAUGCAAGAUUCAAUAUAUACAAAGGAAAGUAUUCUGAAGGUGAAUCGAGAUACAAUCUUUCAAACCCUAUUAUGAAAGCUGCUGUUCUAGAAUACAUCGGUAUUGCCAAAAAGUAUGGCAUUUCUCCUGCAUGUCUUGCAAUUGCUUUUGUGCUGGGUCAUCCUCUUAUUGGCAGUGUAGUGUUCGGUGCAACCAAAACUUCACAACUAAAGGAGGUUCUAGAAGCUUCGAAAAUCCAUCUUUCGGUAGAAAUAGUUGAUGAGAUUAACAAAGUACACGCCACAUAUCCAAAUCCUUGUCCUUGAUAGGAAAAUUGCAAUGUUCUUUUAUAGUAGAUGUUUUUUUGUCCAACCAAAACUCAAUUGGUGGGCUAAAACUGGCUCUCUAAGCUGGGUUCAAUGACAAGUAAACAAUCUCCAUGCCCAUGCCACAGUACAUAGGUGAAUUUUUUUCUUACUGUAGAGUUUGUUCUUUUCUGGUUGAUUUUUUUGUAUUUUUACAUGCAUCAAGGGUUCAGAGAUCUUAUAAAACUCAUUUUUUCUGCCGUAA